AUGCCCAAAGAUCCUAACCAGAAGGUUGCUACCGGUGGUCGCAAGACGAAGGCCAAGAAGGACCCCGCCGCGCCCAAGCGGCCGCUUAGCGCAUACAUGUUUUUCAGCCAGGACUGGCGCGAGCGCGUGAAGGCAGACAACCCCGAAGCUGGGUUCGGCGACGUGGGCCGUUUGCUGGGGACCAAAUGGAAAGAAAUGGGCGACGAAGAGAAGAAGCCGUACGUGGAGAAGGCCAACAAAGACAAGGAACGCGCCGAGUCUGAGAAGGCUGCGUACAACAGCAAGGCUUAA